AACACAACUACGAACUCGCUAUGUUUAGCAACACUCAUCCGUAAAGUAAAUGGCAUUGGGAGGCUGCGGACCUUCUCAUGUUCAUGUUACGACUGCAGAGGUGGGUCGGCUCUGGUCACACCCACGCUGGGCUGUUUUCCGCCUCUUCGGGGAGGAAGUAUCCCCAGAAUCUAGAGGCUGUGAAGCACGUGCGAUUGUUGACGGGGCUUAGUGACUCGGUGGUCAUGGCAGAAGAGGCUAAGAAACUGGCCGGGUACGCCGCGGUGGACAACCAUGUGCAGAACAACCAGGUGUUGGGAGUGGGCAGUGGAUCCACCAUCGUCUAUGCAGUGGACAGAUUAGCGGAAAGAGUUCGUCAGGAGAAACUCAACAUAGUGUGUGUCCCCACUUCUUUCCAGGCUCGUCAGCUCAUCCUGCAGCAUGGCCUCCCUCUCUCAGACCUGGACCGCCACCCAGAGCUGGAUGUAGCGAUAGACGGGGCAGAUGAAGUGGACUCUGCCCUCACCCUGAUUAAAGGAGGAGGGGGCUGUUUGGCGCAGGAGAAGAUAGUGGCAGGAUGUGCUAAACAUUUCAUUGUCAUCGCUGACUACAGGAAGGACUCCAAGUGUCUGGGUCAGCAGUGGAAGAAGGGCGUCCCCAUUGAGGUGCUGCCUGUAGCCUAUGUCCCCGUGUCCAGGACCAUUGCUCAGCGCUUCGGAGGGGAGGCCGUCCUGAGGAUGGCCGUCAGCAAGGCAGGCCCCGUGGUGACAGACAACAGCAACUUCAUCCUGGACUGGAAGUUUGAGCACGCCCAGAACUGGAAGGAGGUCAAUACGGCCAUCAAGAUGAUCCCAGGUGUGGUGGAGACGGGGCUCUUUGUGGGCAUGGCUGAGAGGGUGUACUUUGGGAUGGAGGACGGGAGUGUGAAGACCAGAGACCCUCCAGUUAACUGAGUUGUCCAGAGCAUCCGAACCUCCUCCUCCACAGGAGCAGCCCAGUCGGCUGCAGGACCUCAGAGGACCUCCCCCUUCCCCGAGCGGUACUCUGAAUGUCUGAACCUCUGUGCCUGUCUGCUUGCAUGUGGUUUCUUUGUGUGCAAGCUGUUGCUGGAGGCCUUGUCAUGGCCAAACCUGUUUCAACACCAUACAAAAUAAGCAACCUUUCUCAAGUUUGGGUGUUGUAGAAAGACAGUGGUUUGUCUUUGACGACAGAGUUGCAGAUUACAACCCUUGUUCAUAAUUAACUUGAUGUGUUAGCCUCAGGCACACAACCAUGACACACAAUGCCUUAUUUUUGUUUCAUAUCGUAGCUUCCAAGAAAUUUAAGAUUGUGGUUUUGUCACUUCAAUUUUUGAGGAUGUUUUAUGAUUUUGCACCAGCGUUUUGUUAAGUUUCUCCUACCAAUUCAACUGUGAUGAUUUGAGAUUGUAGUAUGAGAUUGAGCUGCUGUACACUGGUUUGUGUUGCAGCUAAAUACAGGACCAAAUAAAUAACCAUGAAGACUGUU